AUGGCUCUGUCUAUACCCAUUAAUCCCACCCAUAAUGGAAGGAUUUUCUCAGAAAGCAUCCAGAUGAGCCCCUCAACAAUAUCCUCCUAUUUCCCAAACUUCAUACCCCCCAACCAUUAUCUCAGCAUCCUGUCCAACCCCCACGAAAUGUUUAAUCCUUUAAAAUCACUGGGAAGACUAGUCACCAAAUCUGCUCCUAUGGGACCCAUUGCCUUCAGAGACCUCCCUGGUCCACUCAGUCACAGUCCUAUGAGGGAUCCCCUUUUUAACCCCUUCCCAACUACCUACCCCAUCUUCAGCAAAGUUCAGCAUCCUGGGCCCUACUCAAAACCAGACUCUCCUCACCAUGAGAGUGAUCUGAGCCCAGCCCUCCAUCCCAGCAUUGCUGAAUGCCCCAAGUCAUCUCAUAUGGCCAAAAAGUGCAAAAACAUGGCCUUCAGGGGACCAAGCAUGGAAGUGAAGCCCAUUCACACCUACCAUUUCUCCGAGGAGGACCUUCACAUGGUGCUUUAUGGAUACACCCAUGGGCCAGAUGCCAAGAGCAGCCACCACACUGUCAACCACUCCAUAUCUGGCUUGAGGAUCCCCUCUCACAUCACAGGUCUGGAUUCCCAGAUACAGGACAGAGACUCUCUGCAGUUACCGGAGGGUCUGUCUCUCCUGAAAAUACUACAUGACGAUUUGCCAAAAUCAGGAGUAUUUAGCACAAAUAUCAUCCCAAAAGGGGUCAAAUUCGGACCUUUUCAAGGAAAAAUUGUGAACACAAGCGAAAUCAAAACGUACGAUGACAAUUCGGUCAUGUGGGAGAUCUUUGAAAAUGGCCGGCUAAGUCACUUUAUAGAUGGCAAGGGAGCAUCAGGUAACUGGAUGGCUCUAGUAAACUGUGCGAGGUUCCCAGAGGAGCAGAACCUCAUCGCCAUUCAAUCUGUUGGCGAGAUUUACUAUGAGACCUGCAAAGAGAUCCUCCCCAGACAGGAGUUGCUGGUGUGGUAUGGUGACUGCUAUCUGCAGUUCCUGGGGAUCCCUGUCAGUCUGAAGGGGGUGGAUGAUGGAAGACCCCCAUAUCCUCACACUGAAGAACCCGGAGAAGGCUAUAAGUGUGAGAGAUGUGGCAAGGUCUUUGCCUAUAAAUAUUACAGAGACAAGCACCUGAAAUAUACCCGCUGUGUGGAUCAGGGGGACAGGAAGUUUCCCUGCCAUCUCUGUAACAGAUCGUUUGAGAAAAGGGAUCGACUGAGGAUUCACAUUCUACACGUGCACGAGAAACACAGACCCCACAAGUGUUCUGUUUGUGGAAAGAGCUUUUCCCAGUCAUCCAGUCUGAACAAGCACAUGAGGGUCCACUCUGGGGAGAGACCGUACAAGUGUGUGUACUGCAACAAGGCCUUUACAGCAUCCAGCAUCCUCCGCACACACAUCAGACAGCACUCUGGUGAGAAGCCUUUCAAGUGCAAACAUUGUGGCAAGGCUUUUGCAUCACAUGCAGCUCACGACAGCCACGUGCGACGCACGCACAACAAGGACAAGAUCUCCACAUGCACAGUGUGUGGCAAAACGUUUCUAGAACCCGACCAGUUCCGAUAUCACAUGCAAAUUCACUCUGGACUCUAG